AUGUCUUCCCUCUUCGGCGGCACCACCACCGCCGCGCCAGCAGCCUCCUCAGCUCCAGCAAAUGCCAGCGUCUUCGGAAAUGGUACGCUUCUCCCACAACAGAACCAGCAACCGACACACGUCGGCCCAAAUGGCGCCGCACCGCAGCCAGCGUACUUCGAUGCUCUGCUACAGCGAGGAAGGAAGAGGCAGACGGAAGAACGAGGAGGCGCGCUUGGCGAUCUACCACAGCUUCAACUGGGACUGCAGGACAUAUCGCGGAAAGUGAGGAACCUUGGGCAGGGAGGGCCGUCAGCUGGCCUGGCGAGGAGUGGGAAUGCCAGGGCUCACUAUGUCCUGUCGGCAUCAGGGGUAAACACGGGACAGGCCCUGCGCGACCUCAAUGAUCUAGCUACAACCACGACCUCAUCUCAGGCGGCAGCAAACCAGCUUGCGGCAGCCGACCCGACUGGAGUGAAGCAGACGCUUGCGCAGCAGUACCAGAAUGACUUCCAGAAGAUGGUGGACAGCCAUGUACAGAAGGCGCAAGACGACUUCAACCGGAUGAUUGACGACAAGCUGCACGGAGUGGAUUGGGAUGCGCAUCGCCAGCGCAUAUACGAGCACUUCGGAUUGAAGAAGCCGCAAGAUCCAACAGACCCCACGGCGAGCACGAACGCCAGCUUUGGCCGUUCGUCGCGCUUCCAGGGCCGAUACGGUGCAUCCACGGCCAACAGCGCUUUCGAUGUCAACAUGACCAGGUCGAUCAUUGGCACGCCAGGUCCGAACGGCGUGCGCAAGAGUGUUUUUGGCGAUGUGGCAGACAAAAUGCCCGUGGAAGGCAUCCGACCUGCGCCGGAAGACAGAGGAAUGCGCUUGAAGCAGGAAAAGUACAUUGAGCGGGUGAAGGAGCUCAAUGUCGCAAGACUGCAACAAAAGGCAUACCCGAUUCUGCACAAGUUUUCUGAGGUUGAAGCUGAGCCGUCCAACGACGACACCUCGAUGCUGGUCCACGCCUAUAAAGCGCUUAUGAAGAUGAUCGGGGAGGACCCAACCGUUGAGAACCUCUCGGAUCCAGCAGCGGUCAAGGAGCGCCAGUUCGCAACAGCCUAUCUCGACGAGAAUACAGCCUCUGCGCCAGCAAUUCGCAUACGAAAGCGCAUCAUCAACGGAUCGCGCAGCUUUCUGGAGGGCCUGUUCUACGCCCAGCUCGAAGCCACCGUGACUAAGAGUCCCAAGGAGGCCAACAUCGGUGGCGUACCAACGGCGCUUGCGAAGGUCAAGGGCUACGUGCGCGUGAGGGCUUCGAGGAAGGAAUUAGGCCCAGAGCCUGAGAAGCUCCAGUUGCUUAAUGGUGACUACUGCUGGCCCAUCAUCUUCUACCUUCUGCGCUCUGGUUUGUAUCAGGAAGCACUGGACUACCUGGACGAGAACACUGCAGCUUUCCGACAGAUCGACCGCUCGUUCGUCCGCUACCUUCGUGCUUUCGUCGCCAGCAACGAACAUCGCCUUCCACCGGAUAUGCAGACGGCGAUCAACAAUGAGUACUCUGCUCGUACUCGCCUGGCGCCAGAAGAAGUCGACCCAUACCGCAUGGCAUGCUGCAAGGUGCUUGGACGUUGCGAGCUGCAGAAGCGUAGUCUUGAUCGCAUCACCAGUGACAUGAUGGACUGGAUCUGGCUGCAAUUUGCGCUUGCUCGGGAGUAUAGCCGAGUGGACGAGUUCGCGCACGAAGCGUUUGGUCUGGAGGAGCUACGAACAUCAAUCAAAGAGAUUGGCGAGAGGUACUUUGGUCCGGGCAGCGAUGUUGCGAAUGCACCGACUACGCUCUUCUUCAUGCAGAUCCUGGCGGGCAUGUUUGAGAAGGCAGUCGCGGAUCUGUACCCGCAUGGCUAUGUUUCAGCAGUGCACUUCGCCAUCGCGCUGGACUUUUACGGUUUGCUGAGGGUGGCCGACGUCAGCAACAACGAGGACCUGCUGUCUAAUACCAGCCGGCAACAAGCUCAGCUUGCGUUCGGAAGCAUGAUCGGGCUCUACACUCGCGACUUCAGGACUGCGGAUGCCACGGCUGCAGUGGACUACCUCACGCUGAUCUGCUUGAAUGGUGACAUGACCGGCGACCUUGGGAAGAAACAGCGCGAGCUCUGCUACCAGGCGCUCAACGAAGUCGUACUGGAAACGCGAGAAUUCGCGCAGCUUCUAGGCGACAUGCGCGCCGACGGCCAACGCAUCAAGGGCGCCGUAGAGCAGCGACUGAAACUCAUCGGCCUGGACAACGAGCGCGAGUUCCUCAAGAACAUCACCAUGGUCGCCGCCCGUACCGCCGACGAGCACAGCCGCGUGACCGACGCAGCCCUCCUCUUCCACCUCGCCGAAGACUACGACAAAGUGCUCCAAGUCGUCAACGAAGCCGUCUCCCGCGCCCUCACCACCGAACUCGGCGAACAGCCCGCCCGCCUCGACCCCCUCAAGCCCCGCAACGAAUCCCAAGACCCCAACCAACCCCAAACCACCUCCGACCCGCAAUCCAGCCUCUCCCUCACCGCCGUCGACGACCCCAUCGACCUCGCCGACGGCUUACUAAAACUCUACCAGUCCAGCCCAACAUACUACACCCGCAUCCGCGAAUCCACCUCGGACUCCACCACGCUCCUCCUACACCUCGCCUCCGCGCGCUCCGCCCUUGAAAGCCGCGACUGGAGCGCCACCAUCGACCUCAUCACCACGUCCCGCCUGCUCCCGACCACCACCAGCGGUUCUCUCCCCGCGAUCCGCUCGUCAGCGAACGCGUUCCACGACCUCCCCGCCGUCGUGGCACGCACGGUCGGGCACGCGAUGUUGUGGACUGUAGUCGCGUGUUCGAACAACGUGGAUCGGUUGAGGCAGGCGGACUAUGAGUUGGGGAAUUCGCGGGAGGCGAUCGUGAGGUGUGUGCAGGUUGCGAGGGAUGUGAUGGUUUUCGCGGGUUUGAUACGGUUUAAAUUGCCGGGGAGGGUUUGGGAUGCUGUUGUCAGGGUUGGGGGGGAUCUUGGUGCGUAG